AUGCCGCCAGAAGCAGAAUUGGCCGCGGCGCCAGCUGGAGGUAGCACCUCCAGUGACUUUGUGCGCAAACUCUACAAAAUGCUCGAAGAUCCUGCAUACAGCUCGGUGGUGCGGUGGAGCAAUGAAGGAGACAGCUUUGUGGUUCUCGAAGUACGUUACAGGGUCCCCCCCGUCCUCCUCAUAAACAGUCGCCAGUCGCUGGCGGGCAAGAUGAUUCGAGUCCAACCUGACUGGUUCCAGAACGAGAAGUUUACCAAGAGCAUCCUACCAAAACACUUCAAACACAGCAACUUCGCUAGCUUCGUGCGACAAUUGAACAAGUAUGACUUCCACAAAGUGAGGCAUAAUGACGACAACGGCGAGGCGCCAUACGGCAAAGAUGCCUGGGAAUUUCGACACCCCGAGUUUCGGGCUGAUAGGAAGGACAACCUAGACAACAUCCGGAGGAAAGCGCCAGCUCCGCGAAAGCCACAGCAAGCCGAAGAACCAUUCCCAGCCACGCAGCAAAUAGCUCUCCUCAAUGACCAACUCGUGGCGACCCAGCAUCAGGUCCAGGCGUUGCAGGAGCAGUACUACGAAUUGACCAGCACCAACAAGGUGUUGGUAGGCGAGGUUGUAGGCUUGCAGAAGAUGGUCAAGGCGCAGAGUCAAGUUGCCAACGAGCUAAUUAACCACCUCAGCAAUGUUGACGACAGGAGACGUAGCAGUCGGCACUCGGCGCAUUCGAGCCACUCGAGCCACUCUGGCCCCGGGUUUCACUCCAACAACAUGGGCGUGUUACCCGACGGUGCUGAUGAACCUGCCGCCGAGUUGCGACGAGCGCGCGAGAUCCUAAACGGCGUUUCACCCGACUCGCAGGCGGACAGGAAGCUAGAAAGGCUAACUGUGGGCCACCACCAGACCGGAUCGCCGCCCGACUCGGCAUCGUCCUCCGCAAUGUUCAGCCAAGCUACUGCAGCGCCUCAGAUGCCGUUGAUGCAAGAUCCCCUCAACGACAUGAGGCACAUGGUGUAUCCCGUGGGCCAGACAGCCGGUAUCGACCCAUUCCACUCAGACCACAUCCAGAACAUCCCGUACAGUCGUCCUCUCAGUAAUCCGAAUGCUCUUGCCGAGGCCCCACCACAGAUCACCCCGCCGCCAAAAGAUCCCGGGGGAUCAUUAUGGGGCUCGAGAAAGCCGAGGAUCCUGCUGGUCGAGGACGACAAAACCUGCGCGAGGAUCGGUUCCAAAUUCUUGUCGCACGUCGACUGCAACGUCGAGGUCGCUCGGGAUGGUUCGGAGGCUGUGAACAAGGUUAAUGCUGAACCCGAUCGUUACGACCUCAUCUUCAUGGACAUCAUCAUGCCCAUGUUUGACGGUGUCUCGGCAACGGCGUGUAUCCGGCUGGUAGCGCCUCGUGUGCCAAUCGUGGCCAUGACGUCGAAUAUUCGACAAGAAGACAUCGCGACCUACUUCCACUGGGGCAUGAACGAUGUUCUGGCAAAGCCAUUCACCAAGGACGGGAUGGUUCGCAUUUUGAGAAAACACCUACCCUACCUCCUCAAGAACCCCCCACCCCCAGGCUCAACAGCGGACGACAUGCCUCCGGGUGUGGGGCAACAAGGGUCAGGUCCUCCUCCAUACCCGAACUCGGCCGGCGGGAUGUCCAUGACACAAUUGGCAGGUCCAGCGGCCAUGUCAAGCGCGGGUGGACAAAUAAAAUUUGAAGGCACGCCUAUCCAAUCGCCGGCAACGACCUCCUCUUGGCACUCUCCUAGCCAGAUGGCGCACGCGUCGCCCACCCUCGAGAAUGGCGGGUAUAUGAACGCGGUAGGGAGUGGUUCGGGGAUGAUGAUCACGCCGGGGGGGACGCAGAGACCUCAAUAUGCAACCCAGGUGAUGGCGCAAGUCGGGACACCGACCUUGGGCCGCAUGCCCGAGGGCCUCGCGGGAAUGGCCGACGACAGACCGGAGAAGCGGCAGCGGCUAUACGGCCCACCUCAGGGAGGAUACCCGCAAUGAUCAUCUUGGGAGCGGAAACAGGCUCUCUAGCUCCGAAUCGCGCCGCCGGGGUUGGCAUGUCAUUUCGCUGGCCUUUUUCUGAGGAUUGCGCUUUUCCGAUGCUCCGCUUCUGUAUAUUCACAUCUUAGGGCUGGCCGGAACCCAUUUGUCCUGCCUUGCACCUUGUCCAUACCAUUUGGCGGAAACAGGCGAGGGGGACGGUAUUUGGCUGGCUAUGGUUAUUUGGCGUUGGUCCCCUCAUCA